UCAACAGUCAAUACUCAAACAGCAAUUAACUCAAAAUCCAUUAUUUAAAAUUUAGUAUUUACAAUUAAAUAAAAUAAAAAUAUAAUACCUAUAUAAUUUAUGUUACGUUUGAUUAUUUAGUGAUUGGUUAUUAAAAUUAUUGAAAUAUGUCUGAAAGUGUUGAAGAUCAAGUAGAAGAACAAGAGUUUAAACUAGAAUCGGAUAAUGAAUUGCGAUUUGAAGUGGAAAAUAAAAAUGAAACGGUCGUGUUAGAACUGAAAUCAGGACUAGCUGAAAUUUUUGGCACCGAACUAGUAAAAGGAAAACCAUACACAUUUUAUUUUGGCGCAAAAAUUGCAAUAUUUACGUGGCAAGGAUGUACAUUAAAAUUACGAGGAAAGAAAGGAAUUAGCUACAUGUCUAAAGAGACACCAAUGAUGUUUUAUUUGAAUUGUCAUGCGUCACUAGAACAAUUACGGCAAAAGUCAGAACAAGAGAACAGCCGUGGUCCAGUUACAAUGGUAGUUGGUCCAAUGGAUGUGGGUAAAUCUACUUUAUGUAGAAUAUUGCUUAAUUACACAGCACGAAUGAAUGCCCUUGGUCGUAGGCCUAUAUUCGUAGACUUAGAUCCUGGACAAGGACAAAUUUCGAUACCAGGAACAAUUGGGGCAAUUAUGGUUGAGAGACCAGCUGAAGUGGAGGAAAGUUUUUCACAAGUAGCGCCGUUAGUAUAUCACUAUGGACACAAUAAUGUAAAUAGCAAUUCUACAUUAUAUAACACUCUUGUCACUAGAAUGGCAGAAGUUAUUCAUGAACGAAUGGCAGACAAUCCUAGAAUAAAUAGUUCUGGAAUCAUCAUUAACACGUGUGGAUGGGUUAAAGGAAAAGGUUACCAGCACCUAACUCAUAUAGCUCUGGCUUUUGAAGUUGAUAUUAUUCUUGUAUUAGAUCAAGAACGUUUAUACAAUGAAUUAGUAAGGGAUAUGCCAGUAUUUGUAAAAGUUACGCUUUUACCUAAGAGUGGUGGUGUAGUUGAAAGAAGUACCAAGUUUAGAUCUGAAUCAAGAGAAAUGCGCAUUCGUGAAUAUUUUUAUGGCACACCUAGAAAUGUAUUACACCCACACACCUGUGAGAUAAGGUUUACUGAUAUUAAAAUUUAUAAAAUUGGUUCACCACCAAUACCAAAUACAUUGAUGCCAUUAGAUAUGCAAAAGACUGAUUUGGAAACAAAACUUGAACCUGUUAGCCCAGGACCAAAUAUGAUGCAUCAUAUUUUAGCCUUAAGUUUUACUACGUCAGCUGAUGAAGAUGUUGUUAGGACAAGUGUUGCAGGUUUUGUAUGUGUGACAAAUGUGGAUACAACACGUCAAAUGCUAACUCUACUUUCUCCUCAACCAAAGCCUUUACCAGAAACUAUUUAUCUCUUGUCAGAUGUACAAUUUAUGGACAGCAACUCAUAAAAUAUGUCUAAACUAAAAUUAUAACUUUUUUAUUAGCUGUAAAAAAUGGUUUUUAAUUCUAAAUAUUUAUUCAACAAGACUGUGUCAUAUGUAAUAGUUAGUAGCAUAAAGUAGAUGGAAAAUGUUUGUUUGUACAUGUAAAUAUAUUAUUAUUUUUACUUUAUGGGUAAUGAAUUUAGUGACAUUAAAGUUUAAUAUU